AGUGAUUUUUAUCAUUCUAACUGCAGCAAACCACCAGCAGUCAGUCAGGUGUUUGGGUUAAAUGCGUGUGUGUGUGUGUGUGCGCGCCAGACGGUCACGUAGAAGCCGAACAGAACCGUUUGGUCCGGCGGGAAAAUGCAGCCGAUCCGACUGUCGAUCCCGUCGUUCCGCUCGGAGAACAGCUCGGUGGAGAAAGGAUUCACGGUCUUCAAAAUUGACGUCCUGGUGAACGGCAGACUGCACAGUGUUGAGAAACGCUACAGUGAAUUUCACGCUUUGCACAAAAUGCUGAAAAAAAGCAUAAAACCUCCUGAAAUCCCUUCGAAGCAUGUUAGAAACUGGGUCCCUAAAGUUCUGGAGCAGAGGAGGCACGGCCUGGAGCUCUACCUGCAGACUGUAAUUAUGGAAAACGAGGUCCUCCCAAAGAUAUUCCUGGAUUUCCUCAACGUCCGCCAUUUUCCUUCAGUGCCAAAAACGGAAAGCUGUGGCUCUUUUGACACAGAAUCAAUGGAAUCAAGUAAACUGUCUCAUCAGCCAGUGGUUGUUUAUCUCAGAGAUCCAUACCUGCUUCCUUCUGCACACGAUUCCUUUUCCAAUGUUGUGAUUGAAGGCGUGGUGGACGGCGUUUUCUACCCAGAUUUUCAGCAGAGGUAGAGUCGCAAGCCGGCAGUCAGACCAAUGCGUCUCACCAGCUUUGUUGUGCACCAGGAAGAACGUAUAAGAACAUAAUUUGAGCCUCUUUUUAACUCACAGACAUACAUCAAAAACUCAUAAGUCUUCUACUUUUUUUUAAACUAAAAUUGAUCACUGGUUUCUGAAUAAUUCACUACAAAACUUAUGUUUUGCUACAUAUUCCAUCUGGUUUUCACUUUAAAACUCAACUUUAAGAUGUAAAUUAAAUGAGAAAUAGUCUGACAGGUACAUUUAGAUAGCUUGGAAAAAGAGAAACAUUCUCAGUAGUUUUAGAGUUAGAUAUUGGAAUAAUAAUAAAAAUAGGCUGGAAAUGUUAAUGAAUGUAUCGUAUCUGGAAGAUAAUGGUUGAACUAAACCUUUGAUGCAUUUCUUUUUGCCAUGAAGGAGCCAGUCGAGGGCGAACGGCAGGAAUAAUGUGGCUCUGGUUUCAUUCUGGUUACACUGAAAAAAUGUAAGCAGAUUCUGAAAUGAUGUGGAUCCUCAUAUGUAGUUUUUUGUUAAAUGGUUCAAAUGCUCCGUUCCAAGCAGUGGUGAACUUGAGGUUUUUAAAGAAGCACGCAGUUUGAAACCAAAACUGCAAAAGCUUUCACUGUGGUGUAGUUUGAGUAAAUUAAAAACUGCCUUUAAAUAGAAAUGACCGUUAUACCAGCUGUAUGAAAUAAAUGGUUUAUGACUCAUUACGUUACACGGAGCCUGUUGCAUAAAAAUCUCUUAUUAGAUAUUGACACUCCUGGCAAAAUAUGUGUAAAAAACCUUAAAUUAAAUUGUUUUUGUGGGGAGUUGUUAAUCCUGGUGUGCUACUCUUCACUCCAGUUUUAUAAACCCUGCAGUUUCUUUCCUCCAACUUUAGAAAUAUUGAGCUUAGUUGAAAAUACACAUUUGCCUUAUUUAAAUUGCAUCCUCUUUUUAAAUAAUUACCAUUUAAAAAUUCCUUCAAACUCAGAUUAACUUAAAAAUUAUUAAUAAGAAAUGCUUCGAUUACAUUGUCUUUACACUUAAAUGUACUUACAAACAUGAGUAUAUUUCUUAAAAGAUCUUUAUGUUUCCCAGGUGUAUAACUGUUGAAAUGUUUUUAGCCUCUGCUGUUUGAUGCAGAACUUACUGAACCUUGAUGGUACCAAACCUGCUUGGCAUCAAUUUCGAUUAGACUAAUUAAGCAGAAGUUUCCACUUUUUAAUCAGAUCCUUAAAGUUAGAGUCGUGUGUUUGUGGUGCGUCUACCUUAUUUUCUGUUACAAAUUUUUAUGCGAAGACUUAUUUAUUGUGAAAGGAAAACAAUACACAGCCUAUAGAGAUGGUCAAUUGAAUAAUUGGUUUCAGAUUAGUUGUUUUUUUUUUAGUUAGCGAUCUAUGCAAAACUAUUUCAGCUCAAAAACGAGUUUUGAGCCGUUACUGUGAAGCUGCUUCUGUACGAACGCUGUCCUGGCAGCUGUAGGUUGAAGGAUGAUUUCCACAAAAAAAAUUCUUGUUUCUAAACAAACCUGGAUCAUUUUCUCUUUUUAUUCCUGAAAACCAGCAUCUAACACUAACUGCUUUCAUGUUGCAUUAAAAAUGGGAAUAUAUCAUUAAUAGGCCAGUUGUGAACAUAUUAAUUAAGUAGAGAUUUAAAGGGUAAUUUGUUUUACCGUGCAAUAUAAGACCAUACAACUACUCACUGUUUUGUUGAUGUCGACUAAAUCUGUGACUUUGUUUGGAGUCGUCAAUGAUCAGUUGUUUAAUCUUUUUUUUUUUUUUUCCCUUGGCUGGAUCUUUAUUUCUUAACACUGAAGCAAAAAUCUCUGUUUAUUAGUAAAAGGAAGUUUAUUAAAAUCAUCCUGUAAAGAUUCAUGGUGAAGAUUUUUAUGUAUUUAUUGUGUAACUGAGUGGAAGUGUCAUAUCUGUGCCAUAAUGUCAAACUACAAUAAACGCUGAAUCUACACUAACAAAUGCUUUGUAAUAUACAAACACUAAUAAAAUUAUGUUUCACAAA